AUGGUCGCUCGCGAUCUCCCAGACGCCCCGCGCGCGCGUCCACCGCGCGCGGUCGAUCUCACCGGGGCCAGCGCGUCGCACGUCCUCGACGCCCUGCGCACGGGGGCGCUGGACGACGUCACAUCGCUGUCGCUGGUGAAUUGUGGAUUACGCGAACUCCCAGAGGAUAUCGGACGAUUGACCGGGCUCGAGGUGCUGAACUGCGGAGGGAAUAAUCUGAAAGCGCUCCCGAGGGCGUUGGGACGAUGUCGACGGUUGCGAAUCGCGUUCUUUUUGGGGAACGCGUUCGCGGACGCGCCGGAGGUGCUGGGCGAGCUCCCGGAGCUGUACAUGUUGAGCUUUAAGUCGAACGCGUUGCGAGAGAUUUCGGAGACGGCGCUGCCGAGAAGUCUUGGGUGGUUGAUUCUGAGCGAUAACGCGAUCGAGCGGUUACCGAGCGCGAUCGGGGAGUGUAAGGCGAUGCGUAAACUCAUGCUCGCCGGGAACCGUCUCAGGGAGCUUCCAGAGUCGAUGAAAAAGUUGGAAAAUUUGGAGUUGUUGCGAAUCGCGGAUAACGAGUUUGAACAGAUUCCGAGUUGGUUAUAUUCUUUACCUAAAUUAACGUGGUUGGCGGCGGCGGGGAAUCCCGCGACGGAUGGAUCGGCGAGAAAGGCCGAGGCGAGCAUCGGCGAGGACGAGUUGCCGCUCACGCCGUGGGAGAAGUUUGACGUCCCGAUGAACGCCCAACCGAUCGGGAGGGGAACGUCCGGGAAUGUGUACGCAGGAAGGCUCAAUGGUCAACUCGUCGCUCUGAAGGUGUACGCUAACACGGAGAAAACGAGCGAUGGGAGACCACAGGACGAGCUGAUGGCGUCGAUGGUCACGUCAAAGGUGCGAAGCGAGGGAACGGUAAAAGCGCUAGGGUGCUUCACUCGAGGUGACUCCAGGGGAUUGGUGAUGGAGUAUCUCAACAACGACUGGCAGCCUCUUGGGAAACCUCCGAAUUUCCACACCGUCACGCGAGACGUGUACCACGACGACACCACGUUUACCGCUCGCGAGAUCGCAGCAAUCGCCAUUGACGUCGGUUCGGCGCUGUGCGACUUACAGUCGAUGGGAGUGUGUCAUGGAGAUAUCUACGCGCACAACAUCCUCUUCAUCAGACAGGCGCCGGGGGUGAAGCCGAGGGCAAAGCUAGGAGAUUUCGGCGCCACCUGGUUCUACGACGUCGACUCCCCCGAAGCGUCCAUCAUCGAUGCUUGCGAGCGUCGCGCCUACGGCACCCUCCUCGAGGAAAUCAGCUCCCGCCACGACGGUGUCGCCAACCACUCCUUCGUCGCCGCGUGCGGCUCCGUCCUAGACGACUUUCUCGAAAAGAGACCGUCCUCCCUCCGUUCCGUCGUCGACGUCCUACGUCGCGUCGCCGUCAUCGAGAACAUCCACGACUUCUCCAUCCCGGGACUCAUCGGCGUUUCCACCGCAACUAAUCUAGCUACGUAG